CAACAGCUGAUCGCGCCAACAAGACGCAGCCGGUUCUGUGUGAAUGGUGAAAUAAAAAUUGGAGCCAAAAAUAAUUAUUUCUUCUUACUCAAUUGUUUAAUCAUUUCCCGCUCCCCGCCAAUAGCAUAAUUUCCACCAGAAACCCAGAUCUUUUCCCCAUCACAAAGGAAACAACACAUGCAUUUCGUCCAACAUCCUGUCAUAAACAACAACAACAACGUGGUGGACAUACUGCAUCCGGAAAAUAUCGAAUUCGAUGGGCCGCCAGCGGCGCGGAAGAUGAUAAUUGGGUCGUUUUCGAUGUUUGUGAUCUUCUCGUACCUGCAGUUGCUCUACAUUCUGGUGGCCAUCUACUUGGCAUUGCAUCACGCGCACCAUUAG